UUCCUAAGAUGGCGGGCUCCACGGAACCGGAGCCGGGACCGGAGGUGGAGCGGGUGGUGGAGGCGCUGGAGCUGCUGCUGCGGCCACCCGCCAGCCCCGGUGAGCCCGGCCCGGAGACCGCGCUGCGACCGGAGACGCUACGCAGCAACGCGGCGGAGCUGGAGGAGCGGCUGCGGCAGGCACUGGGUUGGGCGGAGCUGCGCGGCCUCCGCCAUACCGUGCUGGCCCGGGCCCCCGCGCUGGCCGCCGGGGCAGCGGGUGAAGCGGAGCCGGGCUGGGCCGCUGCCUGCGGGCUGCUGGCGCUGCUGCUGUGCCUGAAGGAGCGGCUCUGCUCUCUCGCCAAAGUCGCCCCCGCCGCCCGUGGGGCCGGGCCCGAGGCCGCUCCGCCGCUCGCUGCCGACACGCUGAGCGUGGCACAGGGUCAGGCGGUGGGGCGGGCGCUGCGGGCCGCCUUGGGCUUAGGGCUGGUGCCCUACCUGCCACCGGGCGUGGGGCAGCGCCCGGGGCCCCCUGCAGCGUCCCCGGUCCCGCCGGCUGCCCGCGGGGUCCGGCUCCAUGCGGUCACCACCGCCCUGACCGAGCUGGCCCAGCACCCCGCGCUGGGUGGCCCGCUCCUCGCCCGCCACCUCGGCCUCCUCCUCGCCGGCCUCAGUCUGCUGGGCCACGGCCCCACCGCCCACUGCCAGGGUGUUUCAGAAGCAGAGCGAGCUCGGUGCCGAGAAGCCCUGCGGCACGUCCUGGACCGUGUCUACCAACCGCUGGCGGUGCGGGAGCUGCUGGUCCUGCAGGGACGGCCCAAGCAGAGUCCUCCCUCUCCUGGAGAAGAAACAAAAGCAGCCCUUGCGCCGGCUCCAGGGUGGUUGCGGCGCCUUUGUGGUCAGCUGCUCUCCGAGAGGCUCAUGAGACCCAAUGGGGUCCAGGCUGUGGUUCGGGGCAUCAUGGAGGGAACAGGGGCAGGUGGUGCUGGCGCUGAAGCAGCAGCUGUGGACUGGAGAAAAUGCGACGCAGUGGCAAAGAUCCUGGCGUCCUGCCCGCAGCAGUGCCUUUCCCUCGAGGACUACUACUACCUGGUGUGCCCCCAGAUUCUGGACUUGCUGCACAUCCAGGACAAGCUGACAGCACUCCAGUUCCAGCGGGUGGCCACCACAACCUUGCUCACCAUGGUGAGAGGACACCCUCAGCUGGCAGAGCAGCACCUACUGCAGCCCCUCCUGGCUCCGCUCCUGCGGUGCUCCGAGACUGCAGAGCUGUCAGAGGACGAUUUAACAGCAGGGACUGUGCUGGCCACAGAGGCAGAGCUCAGCAGCUGCGUGGAAGAUGUGCUCAAGGUGUAUGUGGUUGGAAAUGACAGCUCGAGCCUGCUGCUGGGAUCCUUGCACUCAGUCCUGGGAGUGGUUUUUUCUCUCUAUUCCUUUGCCAAGCAGAAUGUGUCACACUUACGCUCCCCGUGCCAGGAGAUCCUGCUGUGGUUCUUGGAGAAGUCGGAGCGAGAGACGUCGCUGUCCGUGCUGGAAGGUUUGGUGGGGCUGAGCAGCAGCGUGCCUGCCCUCCACCCACGGUGCCGGUUCCGCGUGGGCAGCGAGGGUGGUGCCACCAUCGCGGUGGAGGACACCAUCAGUGAUGAAGAUGAGGCCCUCUACCAGAAAGUUUCCUGGGAGCAGUGCCGUGUGGAGAACUUGGUGGAGCUCCUGUCUCACUGCCAGAAGAGUGGUCUAGCUGGAGACUUCUUCAUCCACUGCCUGAAGGCACUGACCCGCGUGGCUGUGGAGGACGAGGUGGCUUCAGAGUCGGCUGCAGUGCCAGAAGGGAGUCUCCUGGAGCUGGAGCAGGACCACGCCAGGCAGGGGAGGAAGCUGCUGGUCCUGCAGGUUGUGGCCACGCUGUGUGAGAGUGUCUCAGACACCGUGUUCACAGACAUCACUCAGGUGGAGGAGCUGGUGGCAGCCAUGCUGCAGCGGGCCUGCCUCAGCCCGGCACGGGGCCCCGGCGCGGCGGUGGAGGCACAGACCCUUGCCAUGGCCAUGGGGCUGGUGGCUGCCAUGCUCGGCGGAGCUGUCCAGCUGCAAUCCGGUGACUUUGCGGUGCUGAAGCGGUUGGUGCCACUGCUGGAGGAGCUCUCCCGCACCUACCCCGAGCCCCUCACCCAGGAGUUGGCCACCGACCUGCGCAUCGCCAUCUGCACCCACGGGGCCGUCGCCCCCAGCACCGUGGGCACUGCUGCUGACAGUGUGCUGGGCAAGAAGCCUCUGGUGGGAGCACAGAGCCGUGCCGGCAUCCCCGGUGGAGCCCCCAGCACCGGGGGUGCCCGGGCACCGUCGCAGCACAGCCGCAGCAGCACCUCAGCUCCCAGAGAGAGGAGUGAAGAGCAGAGGGUGAGCCAUGAGCCCGGUGCCGUGGGUCCUGCUCCCUGUGCCCAGGAGGGGCUUCAGGAGCUCCUGGUGUCAGCCUAUGACCCUCAGCCCCCCAGCCGGGCGGCUGCCCUGCGCCAUCUUGCCAAACUCAUCACCCAGCGGGAUCCAGAGGCACUUCAGCUUCAGGAGAAACUCCUCCAGGUGUUCCUGGAGAACGUGCAGCACGACGAUGCCUUUGUCUACCUCUCAGCCAUCCAAGGUGUUGCCCUACUCUCCAGUGAGUACCCAGAGCAGAUCCUUCCCGUCCUGUUGGCACGGUACGAGUGCCCUGUGCAGGGCCCGGAGGACACCAUGGCCACGGUCACCAGGAUGAAGCUUGGAGAGGUGCUGAUGCGUGUCACUCAGGCACUGGGGGACAUGGUGGUCAAGCACCGGGAGCCACUGGUCCGGGCCUUCCUGCGGGGCGCACGGGCCACCGACAGCUCUCUGCGGGCCAGCAGCCUCUCCAACCUGGGCGAGCUCUGCCAGCGCCUUGGCUUCCAGCUGGGCUCCAUCAUCCAGGAGGUCACCUCCUGCUUGACUGCCAUAGCUAAGAGGGACCCCGAGGCGGAGGUGCGACGAGCUGCUGUGCACGUGGUGGUCCUGCUGCUGCGGGGUCUCAGUGACAAAGCCACCGAGGUGCUGCGGGACGUCCUGCGGGACCUUUACCGCCUGCUGAAACACGUGGUGAUGGCUGAGCCCGACGGAGCGACGGUGCUGCAUGCCCAGCUGGCACUGGAGGAGCUGGACACUGUGAUGAGGAGGGUCCUCUUCCCCCCACAGACACUGGAGAAGAAGAUCGUGGUGCUGCCGUAGCAGGGAUGCAGAAAUGCACUCUUCCCACUCUGGUGCCAAGGCUGCACUGCUCCCAAGGGAACGUGGUCACUGUGCCCCCAGGAUGCCACCAGUGGGUGCCAGACAGAGAGGGAACCACAACCCCCCAGGCUCCCCGGGGCCAGGGAAGGGGGGUCCCAUUAGGAUGGGGAAUUAAACAGAGACACUCUGA